GGCUGCAUUCUCAGACUGACACUUAUUCAACACUGCCACCUUAAGCAGAUUACUUUUGCGCUCGCCUGUGUCAAAUAUACUUGCUUCACUUUGCCUAUCCAUCAUGUUUGGGAUGCUCCAGCACCACCUUCACCCGGGUGUUCUUUUCUUCUUCUUAUGGCUGUGCCAUCUUAUGGAAGAUCAAAAAGUUCAAGCUGGAAACUGCUGGCUGCAGCAGGGGAAGAACGGGAGGUGCCAGGUGCUCUACAUGCACGAGAUGACCCGAGAGGAGUGCUGCCGGAGCGGGAGACUGGGGACGUCCUGGACCGAGGAAGAUGUCCCCAACAGCACGCUCUUUAGGUGGAUGAUCUUCAAUGGCGGAGCUCCUAAUUGCAUACCGUGCAAAGGUGGAGAAAGCUGCGAAAAUGUUGACUGCGGACCUGGAAAGAGAUGCAAGAUGAACAGGAAGGGCAAGCCGCGCUGCGUCUGCGCUCCAGACUGCUCCAACAUCACCUGGAAAGGACCUGUGUGCGGCUCAGACGGCAAGACCUACAAAGAUGAAUGCGCGCUCCUGAGGGCUAAAUGCAAAGGCCACCCCGACCUAGACAUACAGUACCAAGGAAAAUGCAAAAAAACCUGCCUCGGUGUCAUGUGCCCAGGGACCACCACCUGUGUUGUGGACCAGACAAACAACGCGUACUGUGUGACGUGUAACCGGAUUUGCCCUGAUGUGGCUUCUUCUCAGCACUACCUGUGUGGGAAUGACGGGAUCACCUACGCCAGCGCCUGUCACCUGAGAAAGGCCACCUGUCUCCUGGGCAGGUCAAUCGGAUUGGCGUAUGACGGGAAAUGCAUCAAGGCCAAGUCGUGUGAGGACAUCCAGUGCAGUGCAGGAAAGAAGUGUCUGUGGGAUGCUCGGAUGAGCCGGGGUCGCUGCUCAAACUGCAAUGAGUCCUGCCCAGAGAGUAGGACGGAUGAGGUGGUGUGCGCCAGCGACAACACCACAUAUCCCAGUGAAUGUGCCAUGAAGCAGGCUGCUUGUUCUAUGGGGGUGUUGCUGGAAGUCAAACACACAGGAUUCUGCAACUGACUCUGCCAAAAACUGAGCUACUGGAACCAUCAGCCCCAGUGUCCUUAUAUCUGUAUAACUCACCUUGCGAUCCCCACUUCCAGCCUCCCAUCCAAGCCUUAACUUUUUCCCACCAUCCCAGCUUUCUUCCCUAUACUGUGGUGCUGACAUGCUUGGUUAUAUAAAUGGACAUUGUAUAAUUGAUGAUUCUUGCAGCCAAGUCACGGAGACUCUUUCUAACAAAACUGAUCAUUCUAACAGAAACAUCUAAAAAAAAAACAUUAAGAAAAAGAAGUGCAAGACAUUUCGUUCUGAAAUUUUUUUUUAACAUUCACUGAUAUUCUGCGCUGUUGUAGUCCAUAUUCAUACAACAGCUACCAUGUAUUCUCCCAUUUAGCCAUUACAGAAGACCAGGAGGAGGAGGAAGAUGGGGACUCAGACUACAAGGCCUAUGUCCAUUUAUCUUCUCUACUGGAUGGAUAAGCUCCCAUCACUAUAAAGGGGGAGGGGGGAGCGAGAAAUCAUGUCCAUACUGUACAUUAUGUGUAUGCUUAUUUAUUUUUUAAA